AUGGCAUGCUCUCUUACUUUAGCUCAUGAGUUUAUAGGAGUUCUCGCUCUCUAUUGAGAAUACGGUGACCUUUUUCUUGUCUACUCGACUACCCAUAUCAUACGAAUGUUCUCUCCUAGUUUUUCUUAUCUUGCAAAAACAUACUGGAACACUGGAAUAUGUGGAGUCACAGUCUGCACUGUGAACACGAACAUGAACAAGAGUGCAAAAUAUAAUAAACUAAAUAGUUAUAAAUUAAUGAACAGUCCUCUAUAGACAUCGGAGAGUUUAAAAAAAAGGCAGAUCAAAUGUUAAAGUUUUAUAUCAAAAUUAAAUGUAGUAGUAUGUGUAGUGUGUAAUAAAUAUGAUCAGUAUAUCAAUAUAUUGCACAUAGACAGGACAGGACAUGUUUAUUGCACAUUUCUACGUAUGUACCUGUGAGAGAGUAAUUCAUAACGAACGAGUAACAAGUAAAUAAUUCUCUUUAACGUAGUUAUGGAUUCGGUUCUGUUUUCGCCUCGGUUUAACUUUCAAAUUGACUCGUGGUUAGAGUUUCAGCUAAAAGUCCAUUGUAGUACAUUUUUCCAUCAGAGCAAUGCGUUCUCACUUAAACUGAGUGCGGAAAUCAUUGCCCGAUUGCAGUAUGGGAAAUGUAGUCAUCUAAAGAAAACGGCCUCAUUUCUUUGAACUAGAAUAACGAUUUUUCGAAAAAGAAUAAUAGGAAUAUUUUAGUAUCGAUGGCAUGUUUAUGAAAUGUUAUAUUAAACUGGAAAUUGUUAUGACUUCUUUUUUACACUUCUUGCAGCAACUGUGUAAUAUACUACAACUCCCAGACAUUUUUCAUGUUUGUCGCUAGGAGACUAGUCUACAACAACCUGCCUCAUUGCUGACUAAAAAUGGCUGGUUCUGGAGUUUACAAACUGGACAACGGAGAAAGUUUUCCUACGAAUUGUUUCCCGAUAAGGUCAUUUCAUCAGAGUAAAGAAGGAUUGCUUGGUAUGAGAUGUCAUUGGCUUAUUCCUUCAUAAUACUGAAGGGAUUGGGAUUGGGGGGGAGGAGGAAUAUGUGGAGCAGGGCACUGGUUAAUUGCCCACAGAGGGAGUGUGGAGGACCGAUACAAGUUCCUAAAGCAACCAACUUCAGUACAACACUUUUGCACUGGACUAUCGGGUCAGUCUGAAUGUGAAAGACGUAAGCAAAGGACAUUAAAACGUUCUGGAAACACUUUAAAUGGACAGAUUUUGGUGAGAAUGACUGCACUCCACAUUAUCAGAUGGCGCUGCACUGUGUGGACAGACCGACUGAUCUCUGCUCUGUGGACAUAAGUGAAAGAAAGCUGGACUCGGUUACACUAGAAGGUUUGGAGGAAUUUGACUGUGUUGCUUAUAUUAAUGCGUCGGACAACUAUUUAACCCUAGAGGCUUUUAGCAGGUUUCCUGCACUGAGGGAGCUGGAGUUGUCUUUGAACGGCCUCAGCACUGUGGAAGUUAAUGCUGUAGAUUUUCCUAGAUUAGAGUGUUUUUUUUUCUUACACAAGGUUCUGGACCUGUCCUAUAAUAAUUUAUCAAGUGAUGGUAUAUUAUCCAUUGGCCUUCUACCAAGAUUAAAGGUGCUUCAUCUGACUGGAAAUGAUCUGCAGAUGCUUCUGCCUGAUAUGGCUGGCCCUAAUACUCCACAUGGUGAUCUACUUUAUAUCAACAGGGCUCCCGAGUCCAGCGCAUUGUUUCAGACUCUUGAAGUGUUGAUGCUUGGUGAUAAUAAACUGUCUUCUUGUGUCUUUGGAAGUCUUGCAAAUCUAAAAAGGCUUCAGCAUUUAAAUUUAGAAGGAAACUACAUCUCUGAAGUCCCUUACCUUCAGCUGAUGCCACUGCUACAGGGGCCAGGCUGCUCUGAUUCUCAAGAGGAUGAGGAGGAUUUCUGUCCACCAUUUCCAGAGCUUCGAUAUCUGAAUCUAGCUAACAAUAAGAUAUUUGAAGAAGAUGCAUUGUUGGCUGUGGCAUUGCUUCCUUUGCUCAGCGAGCUUGUUAUCCACUCAAACCCACUGACUACACAGAGGAGUGGUGACCUACCAAUGUUGAACUGGAUUCUUCAAGACAGGCUUGGUAUUAAAAUGAGACAUAAGAAGUCAGCUGAUAUCGUAAAACCACAUCUUCUGCUCAGUGUCAACCCUAAAAGAAAGGUAGAAACUAAACUCCCAAAGGUACCAAAGGUUUCCUUGCUUACAGCAGCCUUGUGUGCUUCAGAAAUCCCUUCUACAGACAGAGGUACUAAACAAAAUAACAGACUUCAGCCAUCAGAUUUCAAGUCCACUGACAUAUUCCUCCCCAGCGCCUCACAAACCAACACUGAGGAGAUGGAGAAGGAGAACGUUGCCACUGGUUCUAGUGUAUCAGAGCCAUUGGAAAAGGAAAAUUCAGAGCUCCACAGCGAGAGUCAACUAAAGGAAGAAUUCUUUGUAACAGAGAUAAUUGAUUUGCUUGAACCUGAGUAUCAGGACAGAACAGAGCAGACAGCAGACAUCACCCAUCUUGGGAGAAAUGAUGCAAAACAAUACCCAGAGAAACUCCUUGGUUAUGAAGCCUUACUGGAUGAUGUUAUGGACUUAGAUAUGCCCAAGCCUGCUGGAAUCCAGCAGACCGUGAGGGUUCUGGAGUACACACUGAAGAACCUGCUUGUGUACAGAGAUUCCAAAGCUAAUCUUAAUCGUCUACAGAGACCAUAUAAAGAACAACCAAAAAGAACGAGGAAUUUGCUUCCUGCAAAACCACAAAAAACCAAAGGAGAGAAAGUAAAAGAAAUUCUCACAGAAAUGAAGGAAAUGAAAACAAUAAGUGAAGUCCCUUUGGAGAAAGUUCUUCGAGGCAAAGAUAUAUACAGGAAUGAAUAUGAAAAGGCACUGAUAUUACUGAAAGAUUUGAAGAGCAAGUACAAGAUGAUCCACUUGAAAUCACUGGAGCAAGCAGCACAAAUUGAGAGCAACUAUCAUUAAAGGAGGGACAAAUCCACUAAAAUAAAUUUAAACCUUAAUUAAUGAUUGUUAAAUGAUUGUUUUGUGCCUUUUAUGAUUAUUUUGUUGGUCCAUCAACUCUUUUUUCAAAUUUAUUUAUACCACAGUACUGUUGAAUUCUUGAUUCUAAUAGAUACACCUUGGUAUCACAUGGUGUUGAUUAAUUUUCUGUAACAGCAGCACUGACAAUAGUGACAAAUCAUUUUCUUUUAAAUGUGCUCGUUCUAAUACAUUAUCUUGUCUAUACUGUAGUAAUAAAUACACAUGGACUGGUAUGGCAGAUGCUCCACAUAAACAAAUUUUAAAAUGUGUGUAAGAGGGGUCUCUCGUGUCAGUACUUCAUAACAGUUAUGUUCAACAACACCAAAUGUAAUUUUAAAUGGAUCAAAUGUAUGAUAUCUCAUUCUAAAAUGAAAGAAUUUAUUAAAAUAAAAAAUAAAAAACUAAUAGCUGGCAAAUUACUGUGGUAUACACUUCUGGAUGUAUUGUCAUUAGAAAAUAAUACAUUUUAGGGUGAUAAAAGUAACUCAACUUCACACCGGGUUGCAUCACACCAACUUAUCGUUGAUUGUUUUUCAAUAACAGCAUACCCCCCAGCAAGUAUUUUAUUCUUUACUUAUUGGUGGUUCUUGCAGUUACAGUUACUGCCACUUCUGUUCUGAAACCCACUGUACUGAAGAAAUGAUCUAUUCUUUUAGCUAUAAUUAUUUGUUCUGCUCUGUUCAUCAAAGCUUUUCACCAAAGCUCUUUAAUCUCCGUUCUAAUCACUAGAGUAAAUUUAUGUGCAUGGCGCCUGUUCUGCCUAAAAAAAAUAAACAUGACUUCUUACUUUGUGUUUUGAGUGUUAAGUGUAUAACCUCUGUUAUGACUUGAUCUGUCUCAAGCUUAAUCAAGGGCUCAGCAAGCACAAAGACAUGUAAAAACAUCUAGAUUUUGGCUAGUGAGAAGGGUUUUUCUUUCGAGAACACAGAAAAGAUGACUUGUGACCAUAUACUGUAUAGGAUUUUGAACUUAAUAUAGGCCAAAUUAGGAUAU